UGUGGGUAAUUUUACCGAAUAGGGCAUAUAGAAUUAGAGAAUAGGGCCUAGAAAUUUGAGUGAGAGAGAAAGGGGGAGGAACAAUGAGCCGUUUGGGUGGCCGUUUGGGUGGCCGUUUGGGUGACUCGGAAGCCGAAGAAUAUCGAAUAGCUUUGAGAAUGGCUGAAAGCGGGGAUUUUGAUGUAAAGACAGCGUGGUAUAGACUGAGUAUCCCCUUAACGGAGCUGCAAGUACACCGUGAACACGAUAUUAGCUAUUACAGCUGGCAUAAUCACAGUGAUUGUGGUGAUUCCUCUAGGUUUAUUUCCGAUUACCCUUUACAUUUGUUGCUGGUACAAGAUUAUGUGACUCCUGUUCGUUGCACUGUAAUCCACAAUACUAUGUAUACAAUUGAGGAUAAAAAACUUGUCUAUUUAAAUCUUGAUCAUCCUAAUAUCGAGUGGAAACCUGUUUCAUCAUCCCCCCUCUUUAUCAGGCACACCGCACACCCCUAAUAUUGUGAGUUUGGGUGAACAACUUUACAUUAUCGGGGUUAUGCUCUGUGAAGACGAAGCUGAUUCAUUAGAUUUAGGAGUGAUUUAUGACCCCCAACAGGAUUCGUGGUCCAAGAUUUGUAACCAUCAUUCCAGUGACCAGCCGUUCAAUUGUUGUUUAGUCUCUUCAUUGGGCGAGUCUGUGGGUAGAAUUAUUGUUGCUGAUCCUUUAGCCCUUAGCGUAUGUGAACACCAGUUAACUUUUGAUGUGGCCAAAGAAGAGUGCAAUACCUUCUCUCAAGUCUCAACCUUAUCUCUAUUAUCAUUUCUGUGACAUGUCCGGGGAUCCUAUCACUGUUUUAGAGGAAUCAACCAUCUAUUGGAUUCAUAAACGUACUGGCCUUAUCUCUACUUAUAACUGGGAUACAAUGAAAUUUGCUUCUGGUUCCAUUGUUGGAAUCGAACAUGAAUCUUUCAUUGCACAUUUUUGUCGGGACAAUACUUUGAGUAUAAACUUUCACUUAUCCAUUUGGAAGGGACCUUGUUUGGCUUGUUGCUCUCUGAAUAUGAUGAAAAAUCAGAUGAGACCUAUCUUCAUUUUUUGAUAAUGAGGGCUGUAAAAGUCAAUGAUUGUCAAUUCUUCAUGUCUGUGGUGGGCUGUUUCCGAAGUUGUACUCACAAAAAUGGUCACCUGGACGAUGCAUACCUCUUGUAAGCCACUUGACUUUACUGCUACCGUGCUCCUGUGUCCCUCUAUGAAUACAGAUAAUUGGUGUGACGGUGUUUAGGGGCUUCAAAUAGUGGUUGAACAUCAUAAGUAUGAUCAUGGUCUUGCAAGUUUCCAGCCUUUUUCAUGGCUAUUGCUAUUGCUCUUUAGUACUUAGUUUUGAUCAGGAUUAUAAGGGCCGUUUUCCGAACAAAUUAUUCUAUUCAAGUGUUUUAGCUAAGUUAACCUUGCUUCUUUUUCUAUUUCUUUGCAUAAUUCAGAUAUUUUGAUAUUCAAAUAACUGGGCUUUUGGUA